AUCACAUCCAGCCCUCAUCCAGCCAGCCGACCAAUCACAUCCAGCCCCCAUCCAGCCAGCCGACCAAUCACAUCCAGCCCCCAUCCAGCCAGCCGACCAAUCACAUCCAGCCCCCAUCCAGCCAGCCGACCAAUCACAGCGUCCAGAUCUCCAAGCCUCUCUCCAGUCAUGGCGUUCCCUCGGCUCUCGGCCUCCAUGCUGUUGGCUUCAUUGAUCCUUCUUCUCUACUGGACCACUUCCUCAGCUCGGUCACAUGACCCCACAUCCACCAACCUCUCACCCCCCUACAGGGUGAAGAGAGACCUGCCUUUUGAAGCCAGAGAGAAAGUGGAUAGAGCUUUGGCAACUUUAGCAGAGGCAAAAGCGUUGCUCCCUUUGAUCAAAAAAGGACUUGAAAAAUUUGAUUCCCAAAAGUUGACAGCUGUGAUGAAGAGUCUCUCCAACAUCUCCAGCUUGGUGCCCGGCAUCGGAGGUCUGAUCACAGCUUUGGUCAACAUGGCCUUGAUCUUCAUCCCCCAGACCGACCCGGUGUUGAACGAGGUGAAGAAAGGGUUUGCUGAAGUGAACAGGAAGUUGGACUCUAUCUCCAUCCAGAUCUCCAACCUGGCCACAGACGUAGAAUGGUAUAACUACGCCAGCGUCUACUCUCAAGACGAAGUCCGCAUCCUCAACUCCUGGAAGAGGUUCAGUGAUCUUCUCCAGAACAGUAACUUGUUAACAAAUGAAGAAGACAAACUCCGACUGGCAGAGAUGUUCGUCAACUACUAUGAGAACACAGGAACUGAGUCCAGCGUGUCCAACCUCUACCAUUACCUGACGAUCAGAGACACGUCUCUCAGUAGAAACCUCAACGAUCUGCUGACAAAGAAGUUCAAAUGUGACAUUCAAGAGAUCGGCAAAUACAACGUCUAUUUCAGCAGUUUGCUGUGGAAGGGGAUGGUGCUGAACCAGGUCUACUGGAAACUGAUCGGGUUGGAUUCAACGGGUAUAGAAGCCGAACACACCAAGAUGUUCAAGGACGUCUAUGAGACUCAGAAAUUAACUGUGCACUACUGCCUGGCCAACUACAAGCACUACCUGAAGCAAGACGUGGUGGAGAUCAGCAAAGGACUCAGUGCCGACGACACUACAGCCAUCGCUAACAAGGUGAAAAGGUUCCUGGAUAGCAAGUACUUCUGGUACAACUGGGUGGUGAUGGUGUACAAAGAUGAAGAUAAGAAUCAUGAGUUAUACAACAUGAUCAAGAUCCCAGCGGGGACGACCACGGUAAAUGUGGGCCACGUUCAGAAAGCAGAGGAGAUAAGUAAAGAAGCCGUUAAAACCAACGUAGAUGGUUGCUACGCGAGGGAUUAUGGAAAACAUUAUCCGCCCCGUCCAGCAGUUCCAAUUACAACUGACGUGACAACAUGUAAAAAAAUUCAAACAAGCAUAUCGCAGUGCAGACGUGACACGGGGGCUGGUCCCAUUGGAGAGUUUGUUAAAGUGAUGCACGCCAGUUCUAGUGUGGAUUUGGUUCAAGUCCCAGAAGCCCUGUUGACUAUUAAGUGCAUAGUGGACAAAUGGUAUAACCCUUACAAGCUCUUUGUCUACUACUCCCGAACCUGCCAUGACUGCGAGAAAAAUCCAUGUAAGAACGGGAAGUGCAUUCCUCUGUGGGACACAAACGAAUACCUGUGUGAGUGUCCUCCUGGUUACUAUGGUGACAGAUGUGAAACGAGGAUUGAUAUCAAUAACAUCAAAGCUAUUUACAAAGGGCGCACUGUCCCUGACAUCACCAUCAGCGCCAAACUGAAGAAGAUUCAACUUACACUCGACAACAUGCGUCGUGGUCACUGACAACAACAAGUCAGAUUCAUCAUUGUCACAUACUCUGAGUACUCUGAGUACUCUGAGUACUCUGAGUACCCAGAGCUUUCCAUUUGCAGCUUCAUGCUAACAUCAAUACAUCCGCCCCUGAUUAAUCUACAUAUAAUAAGAUAAGAUAAGAAACCUUUAUCUGUCCCACAACGGCCCGUGUAUGUUGCAGAGUGUUCGUGACAUCCCAUAAUGACAAAGAAUUUUAGAAAUAUUUUCUGAUAUAUCAAAAAGAAUAAAUUGAAAUAACACAUUGACAUGAGUCCACCUGUGGUAAAUUAAACUGAUCGGACAUACCAUGGACCAGCUCUGGUCUGUCUCUAGACGGCCUCCCAGCGGACAGACCCCCCACCAGGAGGCUGGAGGACCUUCCUGCAGAGACCAGGGACAGGGAGUGGCAGAGCAACGUGGCCUCCAUGAGUCUUAGAUGGUCCAAGUCUGGAACAACCAGGACUCUCCAACAGCUCCUCAUUUCAAAGCCCCAGUAGUCCCAAAAUGGUCCCGUUGGACAGAAAGUCCACUAGUCCGUCAGCUAGGUAUCACA